GGCUCGGCGGACGCGGUGGAGAAGGCGGAGAAGGAGCUCGCGAAGUUCUCGCAGCAGGUCGUCAUCGCCCAGGCGGACACCGUCGAGAAGAUCCUGACGCUGUCUGGCAUGCCGGACAUGCGGACGCUGCGGGGGUCGCAGUUCAACCUGGUUGGGGUCAAGUGGGUGGACGCCACGUACACCCUCGAGAUCCGCGGCUCCGAGGCGGACGUGGCCAAGGCUGAAGAGUUCGUGCUCGCCGCCGAGGCGAGUUGGAACAACAGCUCCAAACCCAAGCCUGCGGAGGCGCCCGCGAGGAAACCGAAGAAGGCCGAGGAGUAUAAGGGAUCCGACGCCGACUUUCCUACGCUGGGCGGUG